CCUUGAGUGAAGUCUUCCUCCCUCUCCACCAAAAUUAGCGCAACGCACGAACACACAAACGGCCGCCAAGAUGCUCAUGCUCAAGUUGCCACUCCUCCUCCUCACCCUCCUCACCACCACCCUCUUCGCGUCCGCAACCUCACCCCCAGUAACAACCAAGCGCGACGCCCCCACCGUCCUCGCAGCCGUGACCAAGCUCUCCACCCAGCUCACCACCCUGAACAAGACCGUCAGCGCCUACCCAGGCGGAAUCGAGGGCUCGCUGCGAGCGCUGCAGAUCCAAGCGGAGACGAUCCAACUCGAAGUCGACCUGAAGGCGGCGAUCGUGGCAGCCAAGCGGUCGGCCAACUUCACCGACGCCGAGUCGCUGAGCGUGGCGCAGGCGUUCAUCGCGCUCGAGCCGGCCAUCGCCUCCACGCUGGCCAACAUCGUCGCCAAGAAGCCUGAGUUCGACGACGGGUUGCUGGGCAUCGCGUCGCUGAGUUUUCUGGUGGAGUGGGACCUGCAGCAGUUGAGCUUCUUUUCGACGCAGCUGGGCAAGGCGGUGCAGGAGAAGUUGUCGGCCACGUAUGCGGCGUUGGCGCCUUUGGUGCUCGAUCAGAUUGCCAGUGCGUUUGCCGCUGCGGUGAAGGCUUAUCAGUCGUAGGUUGCGGGUUGCCCGCAGUCUGGACAUAGAAAGAUGAUGAUGGGGGUUCAUUGCAAUGGUACGAAUGUUUGGACACGCGGAAAGGAUCCUUGUUGUUGCGAACAUACGUACUUUAAAAAUACAGUAAUC